CCUGAAGUGUGUCAUACUAAUUUUACAAGUCUGGGGCCCUGGAGGGGGUAUAUUUACAGGAGAGGGUGUCAGGAAAAGCUUCAAGAAGGGUUGGCUUUGAGCUGAGCUUUCAAAAGGGAUUCCUUCAGCUGGCCAAGGGAGUCUCUUUUGAAGGGGAGGACAAGGUAAUGUUAAAGGGAGGAGGGAGGGGGUGGGGGCAGCUUGAACAGCUACCAUCCCCUUUAUGACAUUACCUCUGUGACCUCCCCAUCCUGCCUUGCUGAAUUAGGUGUCCCUUCCUCUGGGGCACAUGGUUAUUUCCUAGCUUUGCAGUGAAUGUUGGAGGCGCUCAUGGUGAGACUGGGUGACUGCUAGGGUAUGGCAGCUGGUCGCUCAACAGCCCUCACAGAACAGCACUGCCUGGGUUCCUUUGUCUUCUGGCGGGGAUUCUCCAAGGUGUCUCACCACAUGGGCCGGCUCCGGAACGCCAGAAUCCACGUGGAGAGAGCUGUCAAGCAGAAGAAGAUCUUCACUAUCCAAGGCCGCUACCCUGUGAUCCGCUGCCUCCUGCGCCGCAGGGGCUGGGUGGAGAAGAAGAUGGUCCACCACUCAGGCUCCGCCCUGCUGCCACCGCACCAGGACGCCGACGGCUCGGCGGUGGGCGACAGCGACACCACUGAGGAUGAGGACGAAGAUGAGGAUGAGGAGUUCCGGCCACCGCAGCUCUUCAACUUCGAUGGUCUGCUGGAACUCGAGGACCUAGAUGGGACACAUGCUCUGAUGUCCCGCAUGGUUCGGAAUGAGACCCCCUACUUCAUCUGGACCACCCGGCGGGACGUGCUGGACUGCCGCUUCCUCUCCAAGGACCAGAUGAUAAACCACUACGCCCGCGCUGGCUCCUUCACCACAAAGGUGGGCCUGUGUCUCAAUCUCCGGAAUUUGCCAUGGUUUGAUGAGGCGGAUGCCGACUCCUUUUUUCCACGCUGCUACCGCCUGGGUGCUGAGGACGACAAAAAAGCCUUCAUAGAGGACUUCUGGCUCACAGCUGCCCGCAACGUUCUCAAGCUGGUGGUGAAGUCUGAGUGGAAGUCAUACCCUAUCCAGGCAGAAGAGGAAGAGGCCUUGGGAGACAAGCAGCCCGUGAAACAGGGCAAGAAGCCCACGUCGGUGUCCCCAGAAUUUGUGGACGAGGCCCUGUGUGCGUGCGAGGAGCACCUCAGCAACCUGGCCCACAUGGACAUCGACAGAGACCUGGAGGCCCCGCUGUGCCUGAGCGCCGAGGGCUGGUCCCUCUUCCUGCAGCGCUACUACCAAGUGGUCCACGAGGGGGCAGAACUCCAGCACCGGGAUAGCCAGGUCCAGCGCUGUGAGGACCUUCUGCAGCAGCUGCGGGCCGUGGUGCCCCAGAUCGACAUGGAAGGGGAUCGCAACGUCUGGAUCGUGAAGCCCGGAGCCAAAUCCCGUGGACGAGGCAUCAUAUGCAUGGACCACCUGGAGGAGAUGCUGAAGCUGGUGGAUGGCAACCCCAUGAUGAUGAAGGACGGCAAGUGGGUGGUGCAGAAGUAUAUCGAGCGGCCCCUGCUCAUCUUUGGCACCAAGUUUGACCUGAGACAGUGGUUCCUUGUGACUGACUGGAACCCACUGACCGUGUGGUUCUACCGAGACAGCUACAUCCGGUUCUCCACACAGCCCUUCUCCCUGAAAAACCUGGACAACUCAGUGCACCUGUGCAACAACUCCAUCCAGAAGCACCUGGAGAACUCGUGCCGUCGGCACCCGCUGCUGCCUCCGGACAACAUGUGGUCCAGCCGGAGGUUCCAGGUCCACCUGCAGGAGACGGGGGCCCCAAACGCCUGGUCCACCAUCAUCGUGCCUGGCAUGAAGGCUGCCGUGAUCCACGCACUUCAGACCUCCCAGGACACCGUGCAGUGCCGGAAGGCCAGCUUCGAGCUCUACGGCGCUGACUUUGUGUUUGGCGAGGACUUCCGACCCUGGCUGAUCGAGAUAAAUGCCAGCCCCACCAUGGCACCUUCCACAGCCGUCACUACCAGGCUGUGUGCUGGCGUGCAAGCUGACACCCUGCGCGUGGUCAUUGACCGGAGGCUGGACCGCAAUUGUGAUACGGGAGCCUUCGAGCUCAUCUAUAAGCAGCCUGCUGUGGAGGUGCCCCAGUACGUGGGCAUCCGGCUGCUGGUCGAGGGCUCCACCAUCAAGAAGCCCGUAGCGACGUGUCACCGGCGGAUGGGGGUCCGUCCAGCGCUCCCUCAUCUGCUGGCCCAGCGAGGCUCUGGGGAAGGCAAGGACUCAGGGACCCCUACCCACAGGUCAGCUUCUAGGAAUGUUGCUGGAGCCAGGAGCCUGGGGCACAGUGAGAAGCCAGACUCCACUGCCAUCACCUCGGCCCCCGGAAAGGGGAAGAAAGCCCCUCACCACCUCCCCAGCCUCCAUGCCAAGGCCCGGCUGCUUUCUCCCCGUGCGCCCCGACCCCAGGGGCGGGUCUUCAGACUGCAGCACAGCAAGCUGGUGGGCUCUGAGGCCCUGUCGACCACAGGCAAGGCCUUGAUGACGCUACCCACGGCCAAGGUUUUCAUUUCCCUCCCACCUAACCUUGAUCUCAGGCUGGCACCCAGUAUCCAGAAGCAAAGAAAGGAGGCCGCCGUUGCUCCCCUGUGCCUUCGAGGCUCCCAUCCCGGAAGUGCCUGGUUUCCUCUGUCAUUUGAAGUUGGAACUCUUCCUAGCACCCAUAGGAAGGUCAAGGCCAGACUCUGCGACAAACCCAAGGCGGAGGCAUGCCCCAUGAAGAGGCUGAGCUUCCCAGAACCCCUGGCCAGUGCUGAUACCUUCCAGAAGCUUGGGGAUAUGUGGCUAGCAAAGCCCCUGCCCUGACCCCCCACUGCCCCUGUCCCGGAGACAGCAUCAAAUAAAAAGGAGCGAGUGAUGUAUUCCAGGCUUGGCCCCACUGCGACUGGAGGGUGAAGUGGGGCCAGGCCCUCCACCCAAGGUCCACUGCCAAGAGCAAGAGGCCACCAGCAGUCUCUACCUAGUGACAGCCAGGGGGCUUCCUGUUCAGGGUCUCCCAUAGUACCUCUGAUCCCUGGGUGGCAGUGGGAAGGAUGAGCCUUUGCUUUAUAGAUGAGGAAACUUGGAAGAGGACCCCAAGACCACACAGCAGUGAGUAGAAGGCAAGGACAUAUUGCCAGAAAUGCUGACCACUGGAGUUCCCCCAGCCCCAGAAGAUGCAGGGGGGCUGGCAGCAGAAUGACAUCACAUAUGCAUGGGAACCUUUACGCCACGACAGAGGGGAGAGGGUUGACCUUGCCUAAACUCCAGCCCCUCUCCUGAGGGCUGGGCCUGUCACCUACAAAAUAGCCAACAAGCCAUACCCAUGUGGAAAAAAAAGUAUGGUACUUCCUGGUUGUAGUGGGUUGAAUAGACCUGUCCACCUGUAA